UAAGAUAUACACAACGUAUUGUCAUUUUUCAAAAUGGCUCGACAAAGUGAAAUAAACAGAGUCUCUGCAAGAAUACCACAAUUUUGGAUGGAAGAACCAUUGGUCUGGUUUACACUAGCAGAAAUACAAUUUAAUUUAGCAGGAGUAACGCAAGACAAUAUAAAGUAUGCACACGUUUUAAGCAAGCUCGACGAAAAGUAUAUUCAUGUGAUGCUUGACGUCAUAAUGAAUCCACCGGCCACAAAAAGAUAUGAAAAUUUCAAAGAACAGGUAAUAAAACGAUUCACUAACGCUUCAAAUAUAAAGCGACUACAAUUACUGGAAAAAGAAGAACUUGGUGACCGCAUACCCUCUGAGUUUCUAAGACAUUUGAGAAAUCUGGCCGAAUCCAGAUUAUCUCAAGGCUUGUUGUAUAUUAUUUGGACUAGCAAAUUACCUGCACAUAUACAAACUAUUGUAAAGACAAUGCAUGAUUCACCAUUGAACAUUAGAGCUGAAGUAGCAGACAGAAUUGCUGAUCUUUCUUUGCCAUACAAUAUGCCAACAAAAGCAGCAGAAAUAAAAAUAAAAGAUAUUAAUAAUGAAGAUGUUAUCAGCCUUAAGCAUCAAAUAAAUGGUUUGACAGAGACAGUUAAGGAAGUGUAUUUAAAUGAAAAACAAAGAAAGCUCGAGUUUUAUGGAGCAAAAAAUGAACAAAGUAGAAAAUAUCAGCUAGAUAAUCAAGAGCAAGAACACCAAAAUAACAUGAACCUGAAAGAGAUAUGUUACUUCCAUAGGAAGUUUGGUAAUGAAGCAGGAAAAUGUAUAUUGCCAUGUAGUUUCAGACAUUUAAAUUACACAUCACAAGUCACCGUUGAUGCUCAACACAUAACAGGUAAAAACAAUAUCAUUGUAGAUACAUUAUCUGAAGUAUCAGGGAUUGCAACCACAAUAAAUUAUAAGGAAUUAGCUCAAGCACAAGAACAUGAUUCAGAAUUUCAACAAUUUAGACAGAGGAAGACUGCAUUUUUGAUCAAGAAAAUGUAUAUUCGAGACUUCAAUGCAGAAGUAUAUUGUGAUAUUUCUACAGGUCAACCUAAACCAUUCUUAACAAAAAGUUAUAGAAAGUCAGCUUUUAACUCGAUACACAACUUAUCACAUACAGGGAUGAAAGCAACAAUCAAGUUGUUAAGACAAAAAUAUGUAUGGCCAACGAUUAAAAAGGAUGUAAAACAAUGGAUCAAAGAAUGCAUUGUAUGCCGAAAUUCAAAAAUAAUAAGACAUGUCAAAUCUUCAGAAUAUUUCAUAACUCCAUCCCAAAAAUUCGAGGAUGUCCAUAUAGACAUAGUGGGACCACUACCUAUUUCAAAUGGAUAUAAAUAUUGCUUAACAUGUGUGGACAGAUUUACACACUGGCCUGAAGUAGUUCCCUUAAGAAACACUUCAAUGGAAAAUAUAGCACAGGCAUUUCUGGAAGGAUGGAUUUAUAGAUUUGGAGUACCAUUAAGAAUUACUACAGACUAUGACAAACAAUUUGAAUAUUAUUUAUUUAAGGCUUUUAGUAAAUUUCUUAGAAUCACUCAUUUAUGGACCACGGCCUAUCAUCCUGAAGCAAACAGUCUAAUUAAGCGAUUGCUUAAACAACUGGAAACAAUCAUCAAAUGUAAUGGCAACAAAAACUGGACCGAAGUACUUCCAACUGCCAUGUUGACUAUUCGGUCAGUGAUCAAAGAAGAUAUCCAAGCAACGACAGCAGAACUGGUAUAUGGAGAGACAAUAAGAUUUCCAGAGGAAUUAUUAAUCAAAGGAGCCAAAGAUAGUAUGCUAGAAUUUUUGAAGCAGAACUUAACCAUGGCUACUGAUACGUUUCUUUAUCACAAUGCAACGAUGAAGCCACUACAGCCAUACGAUGAAACUAGUAAAGAGAGAGAAACUAGUAGAGAGAGAAAAAUAUUUUACCAUUAAGGUAAAUGCUAAAAGUACCAAAGUAACAAUUGACAAGAUCCAACAAGCAUUUAUUAAUGCAGAUGUAUACAAUACAAAUGAUAAAUGAUAUUCUUCACAAAUAUGAAUCUACUUAAAAGAAAAAAUGAGACUUUAAACAUAAUAGUUCCUAACAUUGUAAUAUUUUCAUUGUAUAAAUUUUAUAUGCAUUUAUAUUUACUAUAUAGUUACUGAAAGAAGUGUCAUACAGUAAUGUUAGAAACAUACUGUACACCAAGAUCCUUUGCAACACAACACCAACACCAUCUGUUAAAUAUUAAUAAGACUACAAAUCUGUAUCUUUUUCACUUCCUUUUAGACGACAGUAUUCACCGUCCAAUGUCAUUUCAGAGAAAGUUACUUUAACUUAUUUUAAUAAAGUUAAUUUUUCUAUUA